GUUCACCUGAACACAUAUCUUUGACUUCAGAAAACACCUAACAGGCUAAACAUCCAUGUCUCGAAGAAUCUCUGUAUUGGGUCAAGUUUUGAAGAACUUAAGAAACUCUUUCAGUGCACCCAAACAAACAGUCACGCUUGUUGGAGAAGAUCACCUUGGCAACCGUUAUUUUCUGAAAGAAGCAGAUCCAAAGAGGAACCUGAGGGGUGGGAGAUGGGUGGAGCCUGUUAACAAUGACCAGUUCAAACCCCCAGAAGUCCCAGUGGAAUGGGAAGCUUGGCUGCGUGGCAGGAGAGAUGACCCGCCUACUCAACAGGAAUUGGACAAAAACCAUGCUUUGAUGUUGAGGACAUUGAGGAGGGCUCAGGAACUAGAAGACAAAAGCAAACAGGCAGAAGAGCCUUUGCUUGGGGAGGGAGAUUCUAAACCCUGGGAUGGAGUAACAUCAGAUGCUGAUAUGAGAGGAUCUAAAUUCCCAGUGUAUGAUGGCAUGGAAACGACACCUGGCUUGAAGUCAGGAAAGAGGUGACAAGAACUGGGCUGGAGAGCACCUGAUUGAUGAGCUCUUCUCUGUAGUGUAGAAUGAGAUUGUAUGAAGAUUUGUUGAUUCUAAUUCUCAGGAUCAGUGAGAGAACGUAUGUGUGUGUUAAUGGGGUGUUGAGGGUAGGAGUGGUGGGGAUUUCCAGUUCAGUGUACAUACCAGAUAUAAAAACACAAUCCAUCAUUCAUCCGCCCUUACCUGCAUCCCACUAUGAGAAAUUAGUAUACUCUAAGAAAAGUUACAAAUUUUUGCAUUUGAGUGUUUGGUUUGGAUCAGCACCAUCUUGAAUUAAUAACCUUUGUUAUUAAUCUGAGUCACAAUGAUUCAGGUUCAGUACCUCAGUAAACACACCAACAACCUUAAAACCUGCCAGUGACUUCACAUUGGAUGUUAAAAUAAACAGUUGAAACUUA